UGUGAACUAAUCAUUAUUAAUAUUGGAACAUAAUUGUGAUCAAUUAACUAACUAAAGCUCAAAAUGUUACGAUUUAUUGUAUUGUCAACUCUUAUUGCUCUUUCUUAUGGAUUAGCAGUUUCAUUCAACGAAGUUAAAGAAUCGUUUGAACAAUUUAAGGGUGAUCAUGGUGUUGUUUAUGCCGAUGCUAGAGAAGAAGCUCAACGAUUCAAGAUCUUCGCUAAGAAUUUCGCUAAAAUCAAGGCUCACAAUGCUCGAGCUGCUAAUGGUCAACACUCGUAUCGACUUGGAGUAAACAAAUUUGCCGAUUUGACUCACGAUGAAUUUGUCGCUAAACAUUUGGGUUUGAAGGGUGUUGGUCCCGUUUAUGCACCAAGUGUCCAUAAAAAGGUACCUAAGAAUGAGCUUCCAGCCUCCGUUGACUGGAGAUCCAAAGGAGCCGUUACUGGUGUUAAAGACCAAGGUGGAUGUGGAUCAUGUUGGGCUUUCUCAACUGUCGCAGCUAUCGAAGGUGCUAAUUUCCUCAAGAAUGGUAAACUUGUUUCUCUUAGUGAACAAAAUCUUGUCGAUUGUGAUCGAAGCCAAGAUGAAGGUUGUAAUGGUGGUUUAAUGGAUAACGCUUUCCAAUACGUCAUCUCGAAUCACGGUAUUGAUACUGAGGCCGCUUAUCCAUACGCCGGUUAUGAUGAAAGCUGUCGAUUCAGUGCUAAGAAAGUUGGUGCCACCAUCUCAUCUUAUGCCAAUGUCACAAGCGGUGAUGAAGAUGCUCUUUUGAGUGCUGUCGCUCAACAACCCGUUUCCGUUGCUAUUGAUGCCACUCCAGUUCAACUCUAUUCCUCUGGAAUUAUUGAUUCUGAUACUGAAUGCGGAUCUGCAUUUGGUCAACUGGAUCAUGGUGUUACUGUUGUUGGCUAUGGUACCGAAGGCUCUAAAGACUAUUGGAUAGUCAAAAAUUCAUGGGGCAAAAGCUUCGGUGAAAAGGGUUAUUUCCGACUUCAACGAGGUUCCAAUCUCUGUGGUAUUGCGACCGCUGCUUCUUAUCCCAUCGUCUAAAUCCCAAUCCAUUAUUUGAUUAUCCUUUGUAUCAUUCAGAUUAUCAUGAAUAAAGUCAAAGAAAACGUUUAAA